CCGCCUGCCGCCAUCGCCUCGAAGAGCGCCGAGGAACAAAGCCCUCUGCCUCCUCCCGCGCCGCCUCGUUCUCGUCCUCGCCGCGCACCGCAGUCUCGCUAGGGUUUGGCCUCCCGCGCCCGUCGCGCGCGCUUCCAAACUCUCCGAAGAGUGGGGAGGCUCCCGCCGCCGCAGCCAUGGCGUCCACCAAGGUCCAGCGUAUCAUGACCCAGCCCAUCAACCUCAUCUUCCGAUUCCUCCAGAGCAAAGCGCGUAUCCAGAUCUGGCUGUUUGAGCAGAAGGAUCUCCGGAUUGAGGGUCGCAUCAUUGGAUUUGAUGAGUACAUGAACUUGGUCCUUGAUGAUGCUGAAGAGAUCAACAUUAAGAAGAACACUAGGAAAUCAUUGGGUAGGAUACUCAUGAAAGGCGACAACAUAACUUUGAUGAUGAACACGGGAAAGUGAAGCUUCUCCCGAGUGACGUUCUGGUGCUUGAGUAUUUCUGUGACACAUUGGACUGGAAUGUCGCAUGUAAUCGUGGUUUAUUGAGGAUAUUUAACGGCUGUUGGCUACCUAUGAACUCAUUCUGUGAACCGUAUGCAUCAUGUCGAGGUAACUAGCUGACUGGUGUUUGAGAUUGA